AUGUCGAACGACAAAUUCAAAUAUCGUGUUGAAAUUCAGCAAAUGAUGUUCGUUUCGGGCGAAACCGGCGAACCAUCUGCAGAAACCACAGGAAUCAUCGAAGAGAUUGUGCGGGGCCAGGUUAUCGAGAUGUUGCAACAAUGCACCAAUCUUGCGUCACGUCGCGGGUCUCGCUCCAUUUCGACCGAUGACCUCAUCUUCCUCAUCCGUCAUGACAAAGCGAAGGUUUCUCGCCUACGAACUUAUUUAUCCUGGAAAGAUGUUAGGAAAACCGCCAAAGAUAACGAUCCAUCUGGGGGAGCUGGUGCGCCCGAUCCUGCCGACCUUCUCGACGACGCGGCUGCAGGCAUUGCGGGCGGGACUGGGCCGGUUCAGAUGAGGCAGAAGAAGGCAAAGAUCGGACUCCCAUGGGAGGUGGCUAGUUUUUUCUCGGAGCAAGUCCCUGAACGCGAAGAAGAUGAGGACGAAGACGAGGUAGAGGCCAACGCGGCCACACUACAGCGCCUCAAGAAUGCGGAUGAACGUACGAGAGGUAUGACUAGGGACGAAUACGUACAUUGGUCGGAAUGUCGCCAAGCUUCCUUCACAUUCCGCAAAGGGAAGAGGUUUCGGGAAUGGGCUGGGUUCGGAACUGUUACAGAUGCAAAGCCCAAUGACGAUAUUGUCGACAUUCUGGGUUUCCUGACAUUCGAGAUUGUGCAGACUCUCACUGAGGAAGCGCUAAAGGUAAAGGAAUUAGAGGACCAGGUUUUAUUGGAGAGUCGAGAGAAGAGUAAAAAGAGGAAACGGGAGAAGUUCUUGUUUCAUGCUGAGGAGGGAAGGACGCCUAUUGAACCGCGACACGUUGAAGAGGCUUUCCGAAGAUUACAAGUCCCGAAACCCAAAUCCCGAGCCAUGAGGAAUUUUUCGGGUGGAGUGGUCAAGUCAAAAUUGACUCUGGUGUAG